AUGAGUAGUCAUCAGGAUAGUGCAAAAAUCAAAUCAACUGAUAUGCCAGAAUCUAUGCAAUGUAUAGCUGUUGAUUGUUGUGCAGCAGCAUGUGAACGUUUUACAGAUGAUAGAGAUAUAGCUAAAUAUAUUAAACAAGAAUUUGAUAAACGUUAUGGUGGAACAUGGCAAUGUGUAGUUGGAAAACGUUUUGGUUGUUACGUUUCACAUACAGAAAACUGUUUUAUUUAUUUUCAUCUGUACUUAAAUGCAGUACUAUUAUUCCAAGCAAUUCCAUAA